AUGAUGCCAGGAACUCUCCGCUACUGUCCUGACUCCUACUUUCGCGAUUUAACCGCUACUAAUAGGGCUAAGGAUAGGGCCCUAGUAGUGGCUCUAGCAAGGGAUCAGGAAUACGGAUAUGGUGCUGCUACUAAUUCCACUUCCCACGUUGUUUAUGAGUUACUUCCUUUUGCUAACAAGAGAGGGAAGCCGAAGGAGUAUCCCGACCGAUAUAGCCCUUCAAGUGCAGCUAGAGCUAGGGCCCUAUUAGUAGCGGUAUUCAAAGAGUUAACCAACCGGUACGAACAACAGGUAUUGGACAAUCUAUUGAUAAACUUCCGACUUUGCUUUAAGGAAUCGGAACGUGGAUGA